AUGCUGCGAUGGUGCCUCAUCAUCGUGCUAUUGGUGGCGUACCUUGUUCCACGGACUGCGGCCAACGUCCCGCCCAGGGUACCUCCUCGGUACUCUGGAGAGGCGCAGAAACUGGCGGAUCCAACAUACGGUCCAAUACCGGGCGAGUCGGAUCACUAUAGCAGCUACUGGGGCAUCGAGCGGCCCUUCCCCGGCAACAUCCAGGAUCCCGUCUUCCCGACCGAAGAUGGCCCUCCAGGUGAGGACGACGAGGUGUGGCAGAACCUGCUGUCUGCCGAAUGGAUCAUCUUCGAGUUCUACCAGCAGGGCAUCGAGCGGUUUACCGACCAAGAUUUCAUCGCCGCUGGCAUGCCCAACAACACACGCUUUCGUCUGAUGGAGAUCCGCAACAAUGAGGCCGGCCACCUCCGCGUCUUCCAGAACAUGAUCUCGCCCACGUCCAUCAAACCCGGCGCCUGCAAAUACAUCUUCCCGCUGAGCGACCCGCACUCAUACCUCACGUUCAUGACCGUGCUCGAGAUCUCCAGCAUGGCGUUCCUGGCGGGGCUCGCCCAACAGGUCAAAGCCGAGUCGGCCAGGGGUGCCAUAGCUGCAAUGUCGCAGACCGAGGCGCGGCACCAAGCCUGGGCCUUGAUGGAUCUCUGGAAAACCAACCCCUUUGCCGGCCCCGCCGACACCACCUUCCCAUACGCCAACCAGAUUCUGUACAGCACCCACGACCUGAUCGUGCCCGGGAGCUGCCCGCCCGAGAACCCCGAGUACCCCCAUCCCCGCCAGCUCUUGCCGGCCCUGUUCGCGGCCUCCAACACUACCAGUCUGUCGCCGGGCGCCACCAUCACGCUGAACUUCACCGACGCGGACAACCAACCUGUCUUCGACCCCUGCAUCCAGUACUACGCCGUGUUCUGCCACGGCGUGCUCAACAUCAGCGUGCCCAUCGAUACCAGGGGGUUUCCCGAUCGCCCAAUCAAUGUCACCAUCCCGGCGGCCUUUGAAGCCAGGGGCGUAAUCAUCGCCCUGGUCGCAGACCAAAUUGGCGCACCAACCAAGGAGUCGGUUGUGGCGGGUCCGGCUGUCAUGUUGGAACAGCCUGCCAGGUUGGGGCCGGAACUGGUGCGCAAGAAGUACGAGUGA